AUGAACGCUUUAAUUAACGCUGCCAGAAGAACUAUCAUCCAACCAAGAAACAGACAAUUCUUGAGAGGUGGUGACGGUCAUGGUCAUGGUCAUGAUGGUCCAGAGUACGGAAUUCCAGUAGGUCUCCAAAAGAAUAUUUCAUUCGUCACCAAGAUUGCUGGUUGCAUCCUUUUCGCUUACAUCCCAUUCGCCGCCAUUAACCACCAAAAGGCCAAGAAGCAACAAAAGGAUUAA